UGGAGGGGCAGAAAACAGUUUUCAACCAGCGAUUGAGUUGUCAACUCAUCAUUAAUAAAUGAUUCCUCCUCCAGUACACCAGACUUCUGAACACCAAGAAGAAGUUGGAGACUGACCUGGUGACAGUGCAAGGAGAGGUGGAUGACAUCAUCCAGGAGGCCAGGAACGCAGAGGAGAAGACCAAGAAGCAUAUCACUGAUGUGAAUCCUCAUAACGUGGCUUGUAUGGUAGUCUACAACCCCAGGCAAACAUCUGGGAGGACUCCCUUCUAGAGAAUGCGGCCAUGACGGCUGAGGAGCUUAAGAAGGAGCAUGACAUCAGCUCUCACCUGGAGAGAAUGAAGAACCUGGGGGUCACAAUCAAGGACCUGCAGCAUUGUUUGGAUAAGGCUGAGAACCUGGCCGGGAAGGGUGGCAAGAAACAGCCCCAGAAACUGGAGAGCAGGGGGAGUUAGCAGUGAUUCUGGCAUUCAGAGUUUUAUGUUCAAUUGUAGCACAUUAUAUCAAAGAACAUAGCAUUGCUCUGGCCGGUACAGAUACCAAAUAAUAUCUUAGUGAUUAUGAUGGUUAUGAUGCCAAGUAUAAAAGCCAGUAUAUAUCAUUUGAUUGAGUAUUGAUUACACCUUCUCAAACAUUGUGUCCAUGUCCCCUGUGCUACAGGUGGGUGAGCUUGAGACUGAGGUGGAGACCGAGCAGAGAGGAGUUGUGGAUGCUGUCAAGAGAGUCCGCAAGAAUGAGCACAGAGUCAAGGAGCUCACCUACAAGACUGAGAAAGAUAAGAAAGUCGUCAGCAGACUGCAGGACCUGGUGGACAAGCUGCAGUUGGAAGUGAAGACCUACAGGAGGCAGGCUGGGGAAACAGAGGAACCAUCCAACUCCCACAUGUCUAAGUUCAGGAAGGUGCAGCAUAAGCUGGAUGAGGCAGAGGAGCGUUGUGACAUUACUGAGACCCAGGUUAACAAGCUCAUGGCCAAGGGCCGCUAUGCCGGACACGAACACAUUACAGAUCUGCUGUUACACCUAGGCUGCAUUGGAAAUGGUACCCUAUACCCUGUAUAGUGCACUCCCUUUGACCAGGACCCAUAGGGCAUGCGGUGCUAUUUCAGACGCAGACCCAACACUCAUGUCCAAAUAUAUCAUCAUCAUCAUCCUCACCACUUGAUGGUUCAGUGUAUACAGGUUGAUAUUUACCUAAUAACUUUAUUGGAGCAUAAUGACUUAGAGGUCUCUGAGAAACCUAUACUUAGAGAAUAUUGAUGCAGUUUCUAAUGUUAAAGAAUAUAAGACAACUCUUACUAAAUGUAUAAACGAAAUUGAAAGCAAAGCUGAGCACAGAGGCUUACAAAGGAGUACCUUAUCACAUCCAUUGUAUUCUUUCAAGUGUUCAUGUGUGGAUGAUGGAUGAAAAGGAUGAUGUUGAUCCCUUCUUUUCUCUUGUCACAGGCUAUAGCAGCUGGAGCUGAAUAAACAAGACUAUCUCAUUUUGUUUGUUUAAUAAAAAGAAUAUGUUUUUUUCAUGGGGAUAUUCAGACCCAACAUUAAACAUGUGUGGCCACACUAGUCUCCUUAGUGACCCUGUGGAUUUAUUACACCAUGACACAGUACUAUACCCAGAGCUUGAAACUAAAUCACACCUCUCAACUAACUGAGAAUACUGGAGUUGAACUAUUACAUAUAGGCUUGAGCAAAACAUCCAAAAUGAUCUGAACAAUGAAGAUCGCAAAUGAUCCAUCAAUUAGUAAUUGUAUAAUUAUAAACAAGAGAUCUCAUCACUCAUGAAAGUGGUCCUCUGUAGCUCAGUUAGUAGAGCAUGCUGCUUGAAAUGCCAGAAGAGUGGUUUCGAUUCCCACGACCACCCAUACAUGAAAUGCAUGACUGCAAGUCGCUUUGGAUAAAAGCAGCUGCUAAAUGGCAUAUAUUAUUAUAUUCUAUAUUAUGUUAAAAAACAUAUUCUCUGUACAAGUUAAACAUUUUUAUUUAUUACGUUCCAGACAGCAAACACUCUGAAAUACUUGCAAUGUACAGAUUAAAAGACUCCAACUUUCUGACCUCACCUUGCAAUUACAUGACAAAUAAGUACAUGUAUAUUACACGUUUCACCCCAGUUAAACAUCAAGCGAUAUUGGAUACAGAGUCAUCUAAAACUAUACCAAAAUAUGAUACCGGCUGACUGACUGUAUGCCCACUGCAUUUCAUUUUUUUGGGGGGGCCCUUUAUAAUACAAUUAUAUGUAUACAUACAGUGCAUAUCUGUAGUACGACCACAUGGUUUGUAUUGGAAAAUGUGUUAGACAUUAGCAUUAGUGCUAAUCAUAUCAUAAUGAAAUAGUUUGCCUGUCAGCAGGCUGUGUUCCUAGUAACAGCAGGAUGUUGUUGUGUGUUGUGAAGGAGGAGCAGAGCGAGGGUGAGUAUGACCAGGAUCAGGACAUGUGAUGAUAAGUACCACUUCUUCAUGUGACCGAGGAAGAGGAGCAGCCCAGUGGAGAUUACAAACACUUGAUUGUGUUCCACUCAAUACUGGAGAAAAAACUCAGGAAAGAACUUUCUCUUCUCUCCUGUGGGUGUAGAGUGACUGCUAUUAUAUAUAUUGAA